AAGAUAUUGCUAAUUAAAUAAAUACAAUUCUUCUCAAUAUAUAUAAAACUACACAUCAUCAUCGCUGGCGAGUGCUUAAGUCUAUAGUACUAUGGAGAAGUUUGUAUUUGCCGACUGCUGGGAGUUGCUGCAGCGCUUCGGAAGUUUGGCUAAUACAGCCCAACAGGCCAACUUUGAAUUAUUUUGCCAAUGUUGGAGUAAACUACAGAUGCAACAUUUUUAUUCAGCCCAAACAAAUAAUGUAGAGGUGAUCGAGACAACACUGGCCGCUUUACAUGUGGCUAAACGCGUAGCUUGUGCAAGGCGCACAAAUGGCGAACCAUUCCAGGCAACUCGUGCCCAACGCAUUGGCGGCAUCUAUCUACUUUACGCCAUCUAUAACAAGCAGCCGACAAUGCACUUUGUUAAAAUCAAGGUUUCGCCCAGUACCUGGGAAACGCUCAGCAGGUUUGUGGAGCAGUUGCGCUUAGACAGCGGCGAGCAAAAUGAUACGCAACAAGUGAGCUAUAUAUUCUGGCAGCUGGUCCAAAAAAAUGCAUUUCGCUUUACAGCUUUGGACUACUGCCAAGCGCUGGAUGCACUAGCCGACUAUGACCAUCUGGAAAGUUAUGUGGAUACCAAACAAAGCAAGAACCAAACGAAACAUAUUUUGCCAAAUCAACUAAGGCCAACCAAUGCAAAUCUAGUCGAUGAGAUACAGGGUCUAACCGAGCUUAGUACUACAUGUAAGCCCCUCUGCCAGCUAGAGACUGCGUACAACCAACACAAGGCUGAACAUCAUACGGAGCUGCCUGCCACAACCAUCUUUAGUCAACUGCAAGCGGUUUUUAGUGAUAUCAAUAAAAUGCUGACAGACGAGCGAUCCACAAGCUCACACACUACCAACAAUCAGCUGGAUCAGCGCAAGAGCUUGCGCCACAGGGCCAUGUAUGGCGACAUUGAAAAGGCCGAACCGGAAACAUCAGUAGCUGAGCCAAGCGAACCACAUGAGCGCCGUAUGUCAUCGUCAACAGUGUUUGGGCGCAAGUUGCCAGACGAUGUGCUUAAAGACUUGGGCAGCUAAAGUUGUUCCCAUGCUACAUAGUAUCUGUAUAAAAUACAAGUUAAAAUGAGACUAUUGCGUACUAGCAAAAUUACUAAUUUAAUUUGUUUACACCAAGUGAAGAUUUUGUAACAUUUUGUGGCGUUAGAAAAUGCAGUUAAAUUAAAAUACUCUUUUUAAAUAAAUAA